AUGGAAGGGCUCUGCUCGCAGACGGAGGCGCGCUGGUUCUACGCCUUCUACUCCAAGGUCUACGAGCGCCUGCAGCCCUACUUCACGUCGAGCGAGAUGCGCGAGGCCGGGCUCGACCUCGCCGCCGUCGCGGCAGGCAUGGACGUGCUCGACGUCGGCGCCGGCACCGGCACGCUCUCGAUGCAGGUGGUUGGCCGCGGAGUCUCGCCCGACCGACUGACGCUCAUCGACCAGAGCGAGGGCAUGCUGAGCCAGGCGCGCGCCAAGCCGGAGCUCGCCGGCGCGACGACCGUCCUCGCCGACGCGCACACGCUGCCGUUUGGCGCCGAGUCGUUUGACCGCGUGGUGUCAUCGGGCGCGAUCUACUACUUCCCGCAGCCGGUGCUGGCGCUGCGCGAGCAGAUGCGCGUCGUCCGCCGCGGCGGCGUCGUCCUCGCCAUGGGAUCUCUCCAGCCCAAGCCGCUGCUGUUGCGGCUUCUCGCGACCACCUUCAACCGGUUCCCGACCGAGGAGGAGUACGUGGGCUGGUUCGAGGAGGCGGGGCUGCGCGACGACGGCGCCGUCUUGCCGCCCGCAGACCCGCUCUGCGUCCGCAAGCCGAGAGGCAGCUGGUGGCGGCUCCCGCUGGCGGUGGCGCGCUUCUCCGUGGCGAUGGGCGCGUUUGCAAUCCUCGGCCCGCUGCAGGCGAGCCGGCAAGCCCCAGGCCCGAGGCGUGGGGGAGCCUGCACCGCUCACGCACCGCCCACGCCGCGGCAGGUGCUCAACGCGGCGGUGGGCAUGCGCCGGCUGAGGCUGGCGCAGUGA